AUGGCACAAACGCUGGACGGCAAGGUGGCCAUAGUGACUGGUGGUUCGAAAGGCUUAGGUGCUCAGAUAGCUAAAGAGUUAGCAUGUCGUGGCGCCAAGGUUGUCAUCACCUUCACUUCACCAAACAGUGAAAAGGGUGUUGAUGAGAUCAUAGAGCACAUUUCAGCUCUGAAGAAUGGGUCCAAAGCUAUCAAGGUUAAAGCAGACUUGCGAGACUUAGAUGCUCCUGAGCAGAUAGUCAAAGAGACUUGUCGUGCUUUUGGAGACUCAAUUGACAUACUCGUUAACAACGCUGGCUAUCAAGUCACUAAGACGCUUGCUGAAAAUACUCCCGAAGAUUACGCGGCGACUUUUGGUCUCAACGUGCGGGCUGUCAUCCUGCUAUCUAAAGCCGUGCUCCUCCAUCUUCGGUCACCAGGCCGCAUCAUCAAUAUGAGCUCUGUGGGCGCAAGAGCUGGGUUUGCGGAAUUGUCACUCUACUGCUCUUCCAAAGCAGCACUUGAAGGACUCACAAGGUCUCUUGCUGCAGAGUUGGGACCUGCCGGGCACACUGUCAACGCAGUAAAUCCGGGACCCGUUCCAACUGAUCUGCUCAGCGGCGUCCCCCAGCAGAUCAUUGAUUUCCAGAAAAGUACAACACCGAUGCAAUACCGACUUGGUACGCCUGACGAUGUAGCUCAAAUAUGGGGCCAAAACCCAUUGUUUGAAAACCUGCUUUUUGCAGCGAUGAAUGCCAUGCGGCUCUCGAAGAAAAGGGAGAAGAUACUGCGUGGCGAAUACCUAGCUGAUAUCGAUUCGAGCUCAGACGAAGACUCUGGAAAGGAAGAGGAAGAAGAUGUCAAACCAUCAAUGGAUCAAGCAAAAGUCCGAUCGUCUAUCUCACCAUCCAUGAUAUUUUCAUACUAUCUCGAGAUGCCCGCUAUCACAGAAGACCAGCCUCGCAAGGAACAAGAUGCGCAAGAACCCAUACUCACUACCUGCUACCCCAGUCCUCAGCCUUGCUCAAGAAGAUCUAGCACGACCCUACCGUCAUUCGGCCACCACGAGGCUUUAAGAAAUCGAAAUAACGUCCCCGACAAGGUACGGCCAGGCAGCUUCACAAAGAAAGUCAGGAAUUUCACCCAACGAAGGAUUGCGGGCAUUAUGAGGAGCCCUUCAGUCCGCUCCGUGGCUCCGUCACUGAUAGGAAAGAAAUCUCCAAGCGCAUCUUCGGGUGAGCGGACGUUUGAAGACAACAGGUUGCAUCCUGGCAAAGAGAACGUUUCAGAGGACAACCCUUCGCCUUACGGGGCAGCUUCUGUGUUUGAGAAAGGGGACGCCCCUCGAAUCACCUCUCCGGAUCUAUCGAACGGAGAGACUUUGUGGCCGGGACCACUUUUACCAAGCAAGGUUUACAAUCCUCUCGUAAUCGUUGCUCGGAGCGAGAGUGUUACAGAAGGGCUUGGUCGAAAGCAUGCAGACGAGGGGGAUGCAUGUCAAAGACCUCGAGAUAAUGAGGAAGAGAGACUAUAG